UUACAAGAAAUUGUGUAAUUUGCGCCGGGGUCGCCGGGCUAACAUCAGCUGUCCCUCAAUGGGGAUUGAGUCACUAUCAUUACGAGAAAAGUAGAGUAUAUUGUGUCAUAUAUCAAACGAUCGUUGUCGCGGGUACCAUAGAGAAAUUUCGUUUUCAAAGUUUACAUCGUGAGGUGGAAUAUUCGCCGGGACACUGUGGACCUACACAAAAAACUUCAACAACAACAUCAUGAGCACCAAGUAAUGUUUACUACUUCGGAAGUGCCCAACUUGCUGAUAUUCCUCCAACGCGUCGGGGUAAAAAAGCUUUAACGAUAAAGACCGAUGUAAUUUCUCAAACUUUGGGUCAUCUUGAUAAGGAGCAGCUCUUCAACAGAACAAAAAAUUGUUCAAAAAUAAAAUGGAGGCGCCAACCAGGACAAUAAAGGACUUGGAUAGGGAAAGUCUUCAACAUAUAUUCUCUCAUCUGGACCUCUUGGAUAAAUUAAAGCUAGCAUUAGUUCACAACAACAUCACUGACUUGAUCAAAGAUACCCUUUGCAAUGAAACGUUCGAUGUUUUUGAUGUUCAAACCACUUUUUCGGUGCCAGAAGCAGAAUUCAUUCUAGCUAACUAUGGACAAUUUGUAACAAAAUAUCGAUGCGUAUCCACUUGUGAAGAUGAAAUUGAUUUUUUGAGGCUAAUACCAAAAUAUUGCCUAAACUUGGAGGAAAUUGUACUCUCAGGACGUGAAAUAAAACCAAAUGAUGUUCAUAGCCAAUUAUUGACCGUGUCCAAACAUGUCAAAGCUUUAACCCUUAGGAAGUGCAUACUUGGAAACGCUUCUUGCUCUCUCCUGUCGGGUCUUAGUAACUUAGAAGUUCUUAAUUUAGAAGAUAGCAAACUCACUGGGAAAGAUUUCAGUAAAUUACGCAACCUCGUUGAUUUGAAUUUGAAGAAUUGCCGAAAUUUUAAGUCGAGAAAUUUCAUCGAAAUAUGCAAAUCGAAUAAACUAAAGAAACUGAAUAUUGCAGGCUUGAAGCAAUUAACACAUGCUUCCAUUCAAACUCUAGUAGAUACGCAAUCAGACAUAGAAACAUUGAUUGUGGGCAACAAAUAUUGGUUCAAAGAUUGGAACCGUAUGUUCCAGCUAAAAAGUUUGCGGGAAGUAUCCAUGAUUGGUUGCUUUGAACUAAAUGUGAAAGCUAAUCUCGAAGUGCUUGUGGACGAACAGAAGGAAACGCUUGAGUGCCUGGAAAUAAAUUUUGAAAAUAAAUAUCCGGAAAGAGGAGAUCAUUUCUUGGAAAUGGAAGUUCUAAGCCGGAUAUGCGAAUUUAGUAACUUAAAAGUGCUCAGUCUGAGAAACUCGGCGUUAUUGGAAGACAAACAUUUAGUGAGGAUUGCGAAGGUGUGCAAACUUUUGGAAAUGCUGGAUAUUCACGGAACAGAUUUUCGAGAUACGGGAAUUAUUAAGUCCGUGAAACAUUUAGAACGCCUACGUUAUUUGGAUAUUUCACAUUGCACAGUGAAAAGUACUCUGUACAGUCAUUUGGUAGCAGUUCGCAGGGAACAAGGAAUCGAUCGGCAACUUUUGGUCUAUAUUAAUUCCAGAAUGGAAUUGAAAAAUUUAUUGGUUUCCGACGAGUAUAAAUUAUGUCAGCACUUUGUGAAAUUGCUUUUGGAUCCAAUGAGGUUGAAUAAUGGAAUCAGCAUCUUAGAACGUCUACGACAAUUAAAUACAAAUAAUUCAGAAACACACCAAUCUAAGGAAAUUCCCCGGCCAAGUUCGCCUGACGCAUCUGAAAUUUUACAACAGAAAGUCACACUGCUCAGUUUGGAUGAAAAUUCACUUUACCAUAUAAUGAAAUAUCUGGGGGUUCCUAAAAAGCUAGAACUGGUUCUUAUCAACGAGCACUUUUGCAAUGUAGUUAAACAUUUUCUGCAUAAGGAUUUGGUUGAUGUUAUUGAGAUCAUAUUGAAUUUCACAGCAAAAGAGACACGUAAAAUUUUAUCACGAUGUGGUUCCAUGGUGAAACGUUUACGUAUAGAAAUGCCAAAUAGCCAACCGGAGGAUGCCGAAUAUUAUGAUUUAAUAGCGGAAUUUUGCACAAAUUUAGAGGAACUCAACUGUUCAGAUAUGUUUGACGUAUGCAAACUGGUAUCCAUUAUCAGAGCGUCAUCUAGCACCUUGAAAUUUCUAAAUCUCUAUCACUGUGAGAUUGAUGAAUCAGUCGAAAUUGAAAUAUCGAAAGCAUCGAAUUUAAAAACUUUAUGGGUGAAGGAGACGGGGAUUGUUGGAUCUCACGUGAGGCAAUUAAAAAAUUUGGUUGAUCUUGAUCUGGGUUGGUGCCUAGAGUUAGAACCUCAACAUUUCAUUGCCAUUUGUAAAAACAAUCGACUAGAGAAAUUAGGAAUUAGCAAAUGUACUGCGUUGAAUAACGAAGCAUUUUCUGUGUUAUCAGAAACACAAUGCAAUUUACAGAAGAUUAUACUCGACGGAAUCUACGUGGCUUCAAAUGUUGUAAAUAUAGCAAAUCUUCCAAAUCUAGUAGAUGUUAGGUUGAUCGGCAGUAGUCCUCAGGAACUAAUUGAAUGCCUAAAUGCCCUUAUUGAACAUAGAGUUGAUGAAAUACAAUGUCUUCAAAUUCAAUGUUUGGAGGAUCCGAAAGUAUCAAUGCUUCCAAAAUUACGAAGUAGUAUUUUGGAGUUUCGAAAUCUAAAACUCCUUCGGCUUCCGUUUGGUACAUUUAUAAAUGAUGCAUGUUUAAAACAGAUUGCUCUGUCAUGUCCAUUGUUGGAAAUUCUUGAUCUGUACAAUAUAUUUGAUCUAACGAAGGAGGCGAUUAUAUAUGCCGUUAAGCAUUUAAAACAUUUGCAGCAUCUCAAUAUAAAAGAAUGCCAAAUAGAUGAUAUUUUGGCUCUGUAUCAGGAGGUUUUGAAAAUCAAAGUGCAGCAAAUGGAUGCUGAGUGUUUAGUUUUGUACGUGGUUUCCGAAUGUGAAAGCCUUACAGAGACAAAAGAAUAUGCAGUUAUGAAAAAAUACGUUACUCUAUCCACGAAAGACCUAAGUGAUUUGGAAAAGGAAGGAUACUUCAAAAAGAAGAAAGGAAAAUAUCAGAAGGAAGUAAAAUCGACAUUUUUCAACACUGAUUUCAAUAACAACCAAGACUAUGUCAACAUUUUGGACCUACCCACCAAUUGUUUACUUAAUAUUGCUACCUACUUGGGAACGGUAGAUAAGUUGAACUUCAUCUCAGCUCACAGGCGAUUCUUGGAUUCGACCCGGAGUUUGAUUGAGUGCAUGGUAUUCAAUGUCAACGAGAUAAGUCAGUCGCUUACUUUACGGGAAGCGCAGGACUUGUUUAAAAGGUGUGGAAAAUCUAUAAAACGGAUACAGUUUACCGCUUUGAACUCAAACUACGUGGAGUACUUGAGACUUAUUCAACCCUACCGUGAACACUUCACAGAAAUACACUUAAGCAAUAUUUCUGAACAAACUAAUGUGGAAGAACAUAAGAAACUGUUUGAUUCUCCAUUACAGAGGCUUAAAAAAAUUGUCUUCGAUAAUGUUGAAGGGAUAGAUGCAUUCUUAACUGUUAUUCAAAAUAAAGAUGAUUUGCAAAUUUUAGAUACUUCAUGUUACAACGGGGACGGAAUGCUCAUUAAUCAGUUUAAAAAUCUUACAGAAUUAUCUUUACUCAAUUUUGCAUUAACGGAAUUGUCUAGUCAUAAUCUCAUACAAAUUUGUCGAAAUUGUAAACUGAAAAUUCUAGACGUCCAUGCGUUUGAGUGUUUAACACGUGAGGCAUUUAAUGUAUUAAUUGAAACGCAAAGUGAUACCCUCGAACGACUUUCCAUAUCCUGCGAGUAUGAUGACGAUGUUUGUAGUGAUGUAGUGAAAUUGCCUAACUUGAAACACAUUUUUAUACAAUUUUACACAAAUAUUUCGCUCCUAGAAAAAGUUUUAGAUAAACUUGUUAAAUAUCAUCGCAAUGAUUUGAUAUCUUUGGAGGUAGCAAAUGAGAUGUAUUUCCUACCAGCAUCCAUCGAUAUGUUAAAUGAAACUGUUCACGAACGAAGUAAAAAAUUCAGUAAUUUGCAGAAACUUGCAAUAAAUGUCUCUUCGUCAUUGCAAUAUAAAUAAUAAAACUCAAACUGUGAUAUUAAAGAGAAAAUGUAUAUUUUUAGGAAUAUUUAUUUAUUUAUACUGAAAUAAAAGUUAAAAGUACUAACAA